AUGGCAGCUGCGCGCAAGCGUCCCCGAACAGAGACCGAAGAGUCUAGGGCGGAAUGCCCCUUUUCAAUCAGGCUGGUGGACCCCAGAGAGAAGGAGCGCAAGAAGAAGAAGCCGCGGCGCGAUAUAGAAGAUGGCGACGAAGGGGAUAAGAAGGUGCUCAUCCAAAUGUCUCCCUUCUCGCCCAGUGGCAAGUUCAAGACAUACGAGACAAUGGAUAUCCACUACGCAGUUGAGCCGGCCAAGAGGUGGUCCGAAAUGACACGCUACAAUAGCUUCGUCCUCAACGGUGUCAAGUACUUCAGCGAAGGAUUCAUUUACGUCGCGAACGAGUCCACCAUCGAGCGCCAAAAGGCAAUCUCGAACAAGGAGCAGCUGGGACCGCGCCAGAAAUCUGAUGACGACUGGGUUGCGCGAAUCCUUGAGAUUCGAGCCAGUGACGAGCAUCACGUCUAUGCCCGAGUGUACUGGAUGUACUGGCCAGAUGAGCUUCCUCCACAUACCCAUGAUGGAAAGAAGACUGUCCAUGGUCGCCAGCCAUACCACGGAAUGAACGAGCUGAUUGCCUCUAAUCAUAUGGAUAUCAUCAAUGUGGUCAGUGUUACCCAGCAAGCCUUGGUCAACCAGUGGUACGAAGAGAACGACGAGGACAUUCAAAAUGCGCUUUACUGGAGGCAAGCUCUUGAUGUGCGGACUUUCGAGCUAUCGACCGUUGAAUCCCUCUGCAAAUGCGGAAACCCCGGCAAUCCCGACAAGACCUUGAUCGGCUGCUCCAACGAGGACUGCCGCAAGUGGCUACAUGAAGAAUGCUUGAAACAUGAUGCACUGACGAAGACGUACGAGCGAUUGGGCAAGGAUCUUCCACACAAACCGGCAGAAUCUAUCAAGGAGGAUAAAGAUAAGGAGGAAGCCAAGCGGCCUUUGAGCCCGACAGAGACCGGAACCGCUGUUGUUGCGGAGCACUCAAUCGAUGUCAAGGCGGACGGCGAGGGCGAGGGCGACUCUGUCAAGGUCAACGACAAUGUCGAUGUGAAGCGACUUGACGAGGAUGAGGCUGCCGCAUCUUCUGUCGCCCCUGAGGACCAGACACCGACUCUGAACAAUCAAACCCCAUCAGCGGAAACCCCUGGCAAAGGCACGCCGAAUCGCAAGCCCGGCAGGCCAAGGAAGAAGGCCGUCGACUCCCCUGCAAUAACAGACUCCAAGGCGAAGCCGUAUGAGGGUCUUUUCGAGGCCACCGUAAGGAUGGACCUGAGUCCACCUGUGUUGGAGAUCAAGGAUCUUCGUGAAGGUGUAGAAGGUGGUGAGAAGACUUGGCAAGAGGAAAUCAACUGCCUCGUCUGCGGAACUCGGAUCAACUAA